AUGGAGGUGCUGAACGCGAGUGCGGCGGCGGCGGCGCCGUGCGCCACGUAUGGCGUGCACGCGGUGGUGUACUCGGCUCUGCUGUCGGCGCUGGUGCAGAUGACGGCGGCUCCGGACGAGGCGGCGCGCCGCAGCUACCCGGUGGAUGCGUGGGCGGCGGGCCGGCUGCAGGAGGAGUACGACUGGCUGGUGGUGGGCGGCGGCGCCGCGGGCAGCGCCCUCGCCGCCAGGCUGGCCGACCACAGCCCCGCCUGGAGCGUGCUGCUGCUGGACGCGGGCGGCGACCCGCAGCCCGAGGCCGACGUGCCGAGGCUCUUCCCCAGGCUGCACGCCACGCAGAUGGACUGGCAGCUGCGCACCGAGCCAGGGCGCGGGUCGUGCGAGGCGUACGGCGAGCGCGGCUGCCCGUGGUCUCGGGCCCGCGUGCUGGGCGGCAGCAGCACGGUCGGACCCGGCCUCUACCAUCGCGCCAGCCGCAGGGAUUUCGACCGGUGGGCGCAGCCGGAUGGCUGCCAGCACUGGGCCGCCGAGCACAUGCUGCGCGCCUUCAAGGACGUCGAGGACUACCAGCCCGCAGACGUCGCCGGCGACCACCACGGUGUGGGCGGCGAGCUGGCAGUGGAGUCGUUCGCAGAGGAGGAGCCGCUGCUGGGCGCGCUGCUGGAGGCGGUGGCGGAGCUCAACCAGUCGCUGGUGGAGGACCUGAAUGCGUGGCCGGCCGGCGACGGCGGCGGCGUUCUGGGCUUCGGGCUGCUGCCCGGCACCGUGCGCAACGGCACCAGGUGGAACGCCGCCAGGGCCUUCCUGCGCAAGCCGCGCCACAAUCUGCACGUGCUCAAGAACGCCCAAGUCACCAAGGUGCUGAUAGACCCGGAGACGAUGACGGCGCUGGGCGUGCAGUACGAGAGGGACGGCGAGGUGGGCGUGGUGCGCGCCUCCCGGGAAGUCGUCCUGUCAGCGGGGGCGGUGGGCACGGCGCAGCUGCUCAUGCUGUCCGGCCUGGGGCCUGCGGACCACCUCCACGACGUGGGCGUGCCCCUGCUCAAGGACCUGCCCGUCGGGUACAACUUACAGGAUCAUGUGACCUACCGCGGCCUACUCCUUGUGGAGGAGUUCGUCGGCCGUAAGGAGUCCUCGGACGCGUUCCUUCAUAUGGCAGAGGCGUACGAGUACCUGCUGUACCGAGCCGGCCCCCUGUCCUCUCCUGGGUACCACAGCCUGGCUGGCUUCAUCAGGAGCGGCGAAGACGCAGACGACGACGCCCCUGGCUACCCCGACGUCGGCAUCUUCCUCUUCGGGCUGGAGUCGCGGCACCGUCAGUGGAUCCUGCAGCGACAGCGCGAGCUGGGCUGGUCGGAAGAGGCGCUGUCGGGCCUGGAGGAGCUGCUGGACAGAGGGGACGCCCUGGUGGUGGCGCCGACGCCGCUGCGACCCUUCAGCAGGGGGCGCGUGCUGCUGCGGGGUGCCGACCCCACGCUGCCGCCGCGCAUCCAGCCCAACUACCUGCAAGAUCCCAGGGACGUCGACACCAUGCUCGCGGGUAUCAGGUUCGCACUGCAGCUGGGCCGGUCCAGAGCAGCGCGCGCGGCGCAACUGCGCGUGCGCGACCUGCCGCUGGCGGCGUGCAACGACCACACGCCGCUGUCCGAGUCGUACUGGCGGUGUGCGCUGCCGCUGCUCAGCGAGUCGCUGCACCAGCCGGCGGGAACGGCGCGUAUGGGCGCCCCCGAGGACCCGGAAGCCGUCGUGGACUGCCGCCUGCGCGUCAGGGGCGUCAGCAGGCUGCGGGUCGCCGACGCCUCCGUCAUGCCCACCAUCGUCAGCGGGCCGCUCGACGCCACCAGCAUCGCCAUCGGGACCAAGGCCGCCGACAUCCUCGCCGAGGACUGGGAGUAA